UAAUCCUGAAUGGCCAGGUUGGCUAGGGAGCAAAGCAUACUUACCUGGCGCAGAGGUUACCGUGAUCAAGAAGGCGGUUCCUCCAGGGCGAGGCUUUUCCAUUGCACUACGGUUAGGCUGACCCUUGCGAAUACCCCUAAUGUGGGUAUCUCGGGCGGAUAGACAGAGCUGCGGAUCUCGAGGUUGUGAAAGUAGGAACGGAUGUGGCAGUCAGACAAAUGGAAAAUCACCAGAUUCUUGUGGUCAACCUGGUGUCUCCGUAGACAUUAGUAAGAUAUCUGGGCCAAUAGUAGGCUCUGACGCGUAUUCAAAUGAUUUUUCUCAAAGCUCUCAAAAAAACCUUCCUGGGGCGAGUAGUCAACCAUUUAACGGAUCUCCUAUUGGAGGUGGUAGUAGUCCAUAUAAUUGCGUAAGUGGAACUAGUUGCGUUUCUGGGCCAGGAAGUCCAUCGUAUGUUCCUAACAAAUUUGAUAAAACAAAUAAGAUUGUGGAAGGAGAAGGAUCGUAUCCAUCAAAUCCAUUUCUAACUGGGAAGAUUCCUAUCCCUGAAAUUGGCGGACCAAUCGUAACAAGUACCAGUAAACCGAUCGGUCAUGGAAAUCCUUUUCUGCAAGGAAACAUUGGUGCCAUCUCAGGAGCUUGGAGUCAUUCCAUCGGUGGAGCAGUAGCGCAUCCUAGCGGCGGUAAUAAAAAUGUCGUUUCGACCGAAGAAGAAUCAACUAGACCAAUAGGCAAAGACAAUCCCUUCCUCCAUGGAUCAGGAUCUGCACGAGGAGAUAUAGGAAUCAAUGACAAAACAGCAGGAGAAUCUGAUUCAUUGAUUCCAGCCAUCGAUCGAACUUAUGCCGGACCAGGACAAACGAGUGGAAGUCCUGUCAGCCAUUAUCCUGAAUUGACCAAUGACGGAAGCUCAUCAGCCACGAAAAAUCCACUUGGGACAAAUCGCGGCUCGGGAAGCGGAGGAGGUAUUGGAAUUGGUUCGACAGGAUUUGGAAACCUUGCUGGAUCUUUUGCUAACUCGCAAGCUUCUAGUUAUGCCAAUUCCGGCUCUUAUUCUGGCUCUGGAGCACCGUCUUUUGGACAGGCGAGCAGUGGAAGUUGGGCUUCUAGCGGAGCGAAUGCAGCUUCCUGGUCCUCCAGCAGUGCUUCCGCUUAUGCAAGCAGUAACGCUGGCAGUUGGUUAGGGGGACAACCAAGUCAUGUGAAAGGAUAAUCGACGAAAAAAGAUGACAUUGCCAAGUGUUGAAAAUAAAUUUCAAUCAUUUUCACAUUACGAAAAAGAUCCUUUUAUUUUGUCUCAUUUGCACAUUUUUGUUUGUAAUUUAUUUUAGUUUAUGAUACAAUAUUGUAUGAAAAAAGAAAUCGCUAUUUUUUACAUCUAUAAUCCUACACGCGCGUAUCUUGAUAAUUGAUCCGAGAAUUACUGCCAAUUCCUCGAAAUGAUUGAUCACUAUUCUGAGAUUAUUAUCAAGCGAUAUUUCGAUAGAUAAUAAUGCAAUUGAUGAAUAGGAUAUACUGUUAUAAACGGAUUUGAUGUAUUAUCGUUAAAAAAAUACAAAUCAAUAAAAAGCAUUAUACAUCA